GGGAAAGAUGGGGAACUGCCUCAAGUCCCCCACCUCUGAUGACAUCUCGCUGCUGCACGAGUCGCAGUCGGACCGGGCCAGCUACGGCGACGGCACCGAGCCGGAUCAGGAGCCGCCGCCGCCAUAUCAGGAGCAGGUGCCUGUUCCUGUUUAUCACCCCACCCCCAGCCAGACUCGGCUGGCGACGCAGCUCACGGAGGAGGAGCAGAUCCGAAUCGCGCAGCGGAUAGGCCUUAUUCAGCACCUGCCUAAAGGGGUCUACGACCCUGGGAGGGACGGCUCUGAGAAGAAGAUCAGAGAAUGUGUCAUUUGUAUGAUGGACUUUGUUUAUGGGGACCCCAUCCGAUUCCUGCCGUGCAUGCAUAUCUACCACCUGGACUGUAUAGAUGACUGGUUGAUGAGAUCCUUCACCUGUCCCUCCUGCAUGGAGCCGGUGGAUGCAGCGCUGCUUUCAUCCUAUGAGACUAACUGAGCCAGGGUUUCUCCACUGAACCGUCAAGGAGACCAUCCACUUUCCUGGGUUUGAUCCUUUUGUCAUUCAGCCCAAAGAGCCAGGAAUUAGGAAUUAAGAUCAUGCACAAAAUAUACAUUUCCUAAUAAAUAAAAAGUAUUCCUGAAUGGCUGCAAAUAUUGGGGAAAAAACAUAAUAUUUUAGAGACUAUAGAAAAAGUAGGUUGUUAUUUUUAAUGUAAAGCCUUGACCCACCAUUGUCCUUUAAUGUUUGUUCUUAUACCCAUAUAUAGGAAUUGUGUAAAGUGUUACAGCAACUGUAAAUGUUUGAACUGCGUGUAUCCAAUUUUAUUAGCAGCAAGAUAAGAGUAUUUUUUUUUCCUAAAUAAAGUAACCAGUUUUGUUAUGAUUCUUUUCACAAGUCCUGGCAUUUGGGUCAAGGCUUUAUUAAAAUCUACAUUUUAUAACACUGGCACAAAGAAAUAGUUUUAAGCUUGUUUGCACAGUUCUUAUUUUUUUUUUUUCCUUUUCCAUUGGAGAUGGAAUUCAUUGCCUUAGGUCUUUUUAAUAGUGUGUUAUUAUUGUUGGGCUGGCUCUGUGCUUGAAAACCAGUUUAUUUAUAACCUGUUAAAAGUGCUAUAUUUUGUUUGCAGUUAGGAAUAUGCAGAAAUCAAAGUGAUCUCCUAGCUUGUAAGCAAACUGAGAUGCAUUAUCCCUUUUCUGCAAGUGAUGGUAAAUAUGGAGGUAUGAAAUGAGUCCUACACUAAAAUUAUGGCUUCAAAUUUUUUUAUAACUCGCUUGGGUUUUGAUGAAACAAUGAUCCUUAAAUCUUAGGAUGUCACUUUUAACUUGAUCAAGUUUAAAGUGGUCAGAUUGACAGUAACUAACUGCUAUCACGAUUGAAAAAAAAAAUAUUUGGAACAAAUGUAGCACUAAUGUUGAUAACUUAUGUGACUUUUUUUUGCUCCCUAAAAAUGGUUGGUUUUGAUCACAGCAAAAGGAUACUGCAUCUCUCGUUCCUGUAGUUCUUAGGUUAUCAGACAUUAAGAAUAAACAUACUGUAUCUCAGUCUCCUGUAGUAAAUGUAUCUGUUAAGCCCUGCUGGCUGACACAUCUGUCCACCAAGCAGCUAUGAAAUCAGAUAUGAGAAGAAUAUAUUUUAUUUUCUGCACAUAAAGGCAAAGUUUAUAUAAAUACAGAAUUUCUUAGUAGCAAGCGAGCGGGGAAAUAGUACUGCUAAAGCCAGUUAGCUAAUUUCUGCAGCAAAAAAGUAUGUGCUUGCUAAGAGAUGGGCUAGCAGAGAUGGUAGUUACAGAGUCCUCUUAGCCACUUGGCCUGGUUCUUUUGUUUCCUUAACGUGCCCACUGUGACUUCUAGCCGUUCAGUGCAGCAGCGCUACGCCACGAGCCUGCCACGAGCCUUGGUCUUGCAAGGGGAGAUGCAGUCUCCUGCUAAUCACAGCAAAGCGGGGCUCAGUCUUAAUUGUUUUGCACCUGCAGUUGGAGCACCUUAUGUGCUCCAAGAACCAAGUACGUGGCCCCCUCACUCCAGGAACUGAGCGCGGACCGGGGCUGGGCACGGAUCAGUUCUGGAGGGUUGCUCAGCAGAACAGAGAGUCAACACGUCAGAUUCUUUCUGACUCCUGCUGCUCGCAGGAGCAACCACCUUAAAGCCGUCACCAGUUCAAGAUUCAGCCAAAUUGCUCACGUUUAUCUGGACACUUUUUUUUGCUUAAUUAAUACCUACUUAAUUACACUGAGCAAAAUUUGAGAAGGCAGACCUGACGUUGUGCAAUAUAUUACAGUGGAAAAUCAUUGUUCCUUUUCAUCAUUCCAUGUGUGUUCUCUUGUGUCCUUUUCA